AUGUCGACUGGAUCUGUCAGUGACACCGAGGACUUGCGGGAGAUGGAAUUACACAGGUUCCAGCUCCGGUGUAACGGUUUCAAACACGAGACGAACGACACGGAGUUCUACAUCUCGGCUGAAGCCACCGACGGGGCGUGCUCCGACUGCAUCCCCAAGAGGAAGAGGCGCCCGGGCUCUCGCAAGAAGGAACUGCCCAAGCGAGUCAAAGAGGGAAAACAGACUCAGAGAAACGCUGCCAAUGCUAGAGAGAGAGCCAGGAUGAGAGUGCUGAGCACAGCAUUCUCCAGGUUAAAAACCAGCCUUCCCUGGGUGCCGUCAGAUACCAAACUGUCCAAACUGGACACCCUCAGACUGGCAGCUAGUUACAUUGCACACUUAAGGCAAAUCCUGGCCAACGAUAAAUACGAGAAUGGAUACGUCCAUCCGGUAAAUCUGACCUGGCCUUUCGUAGUUUCGGGACGAUCAGACCUGGACAGUAAAGACCUCACGGCUGCGUCCAGACUGUGUGGGACCACGGUGUAGCUGCGGCAUUCUCUCCCUGCUCCCUGCUCUCUCCUGAGCAGCGUUCCCUGCUGUCUCCCCAGGCGGAGCAUGUGGGUCUAGCCUCAAGUGGCACAGUUCCCGCGGUCCAUCACCUUUCGAUGUAAUUCCAGGCUUUCGUCUUUAAACUACACACUUUGCAGGACAAAGCUCUGAUUUGCGGCAAAAAAAAUGUCUCGAGUGGACGAUGGAUUAGGAAAACAUCAGCGGUAGCAGGAUAGUCCAGAGGGUUGUUGACUGGGAGAUACACAGGAUGCACACACAUACACACACACUAAGGACCAUGGUGCAGGUUUAUAUGACAGAACAUAGGAUAAGGCACGAACAAACUACAGUGAAAGUACACCCAGUAUUAAAACAACCAUUAUUAAUAGAGCGUCCCUAGUUUUAAAUCUGAGAUGGAUGAUUUUUUG